AUGGAUGCAUAUAGAGUCAAAAAGAAGCAUAGGUUCAAGAAAAUGGGAAAGGAAAAGAAGUUGAGAAAGGAGGACGGCGAAAAAGAGUUGCAAACAGUCAUUGAUAAAUGUAAAGAUCUUGCUAAAGUGAAUCCUUCCACUCUAAAACGCUUUACCGACAUUCCUUUAUCAAGUAAAACCUUACAAGGACUGGAGGAAUGUGAUUAUGAAGAGCCGACAGAUAUACAAAGAGAGUCUUUGCCUUUUUCCCUGAGUGGAUCGGAUGUUGUCGGUGCCGCAAAAACUGGGAGCGGCAAAACUCUAGCGUUAAUCAUACCGGUCUUGGAAUGUCUUUGGAAGGCAGGAUGGUCCAACUUUGGCGGUCUCGGCGCCUUGAUCAUCUCACCCACCAGAGAACUUGCCUUACAAACUUUCACUGUCAUUAACAAUGUUGGAAAACAUCACGAUUUCUCAUGCGCUCUUCUUAUCGGAGGAACCGAUGUAGAUUAUGAGAGGAAGCGAAUUGGUACCGUAAAUAUCAUCAUUUGCACUCCCGGACGACUUCUGCAGCAUAUGGACGAGAAUGAGCAUUUGUCUUGCGAUCAGCUACAAAUCCUUGUUCUUGAUGAAGCGGAUCGUAUACUAGAUAUGGGAUUCAGCCAACAGGUGAGCGCUGAAUUUAGUAUUUUCUUAUAUAGCAGUCUUUAUUGCCCUCAUUUUCUGGUUCUAUUUUCGUGCUUCGGCGUUUAA